UCUCCUCGGUCCUCCUGACUGAGCCGGUUGCACCCAGUUUUCUAAGCUAACGAAGAAGAUCAUCGACAUCGGCGUAGUCUCUAUCUAUUUUUUGUCAAAUAUUCCUUGCAAAAGUGCUGCUAAAAGAACCCAAACAAUAUAUAGUAUUUGUGUACGACGAUCAGACGUCGCUUGGACUUCUUUUAGGUGAAAGACAAGCGGGGGAAAGAUGAGGUUGCUAAUUGUUUUCGCGAGUGUGCUCGCGAUAGAACUGCUGCAAAUGUACAGUGUAGAUGCCCAAGCUGAUCAGGCACCAGGGAACGAGGUCCCUACGGUUACCCCUGAAAGCAAGACGAUUACAGUUGGAGAUUCUGUCAACUUCACCUGUAUGACCAGCAAAAACCAAGAACAAAAUCCCUCCUGGACUCAAGAAAACAAGGAGACUGGGGACAAGGUUAAAACCUUUAACACUACUACUUACUACAGUGGCGAAUCAAAGUAUAGUACACUACAAAUCCAAGAUGCACAAUUUAGUGACAACGGCAAUUACGUCUGCCAAGUAGGCAAUAACAGAGCCUAUGGUGAUCUUACAGUAACGUAUGAUGGAAUCGUCGUAAUUAAAGGCAAUCGAGUCAUUGAAAUGGAGCAAGAUAUGAACUUCACAUGCUUUAUUGAUGGCGACUCAUCUGUUGAGGUCACAUGGAAAAAGGAAAAUACAAUGCUACCAUCUCCUGAGCUGCCUAACAUUGAAGUAAAGGGAAGCUCUCUGCUUAUAAAGAAGGCAUCGACUGCCAAUGGUGGUAAAUACACCUGCAGUGGAUUGUACAACAAAACAAUUCCAGUUGAACAAACUAUUUAUGUAGGAGGGGAAAUGCGAAUCAAGUCCCCCAAUUCAGUGAAGUUUACAGAAGGAGAGCGUGCUCGCUUUGAGUGUGUCAUUCUCCAGCCAGAAGGCGACCCCAAACCUACUUUCCAAUGGAUAGUGAGCACUGCAAACUACACCUUUGAGCUGACUGAGACGAUUGAGGGAAGUCGCUACUCCAUUGAGCCGUCCAAGCACAAGACUGGAUCCAUCUUGCACAUGCUGGAUGUAGUCAAGGAAGACAGAGGAAACUAUACUUGCAUUGCAACCAGUAACGUGACUGAGGUGACCCACACAAUAUUUCUGCGAGUUAGAGAUCGUCUAGCUGCUCUGUGGCCGUUCAUUGGAAUAAUGAGUGAAGUCAUCUUGCUUAUCAUCAUUAUCUUCAUUCAUGAGAAAUGUACCCAAGGAGACGACUUCGGUGAAGAGGAUGAGGAAGAAGAGGAAGGAGCUGAACCUAUCAAAGAGAAAGAGAAGAUCAGUUUGGACGGUGAAGGAGAUAUGCGAAUGAGAAGCAGCAACCAGUGACUAACCAAAAGGACAUGGCAAAAUAGACCACAGACUCGAGUCCACCCUGAAUAAAGAAAGAGAUGGACAAUAUGACUCAAUCUUCACUCGACCGUCAAAAUUCCCUUCCCUAUCUCAGGCAAGUUUAUGGUUCAGUAUGACUCAAUUCAGUGUUGAUCAUCCAUAGUUCCUUCACUGUCAAAAGCAAAAUAAUGACAGCAUAUGACUUUCCUUUAGUAAACACAACCUUGUCCUUCUCGAGAAAGAGUUUUCUUCAGAAUUACUCCUAUCUAGGAAGAUACUCCCUUAUAUAAAGUAAAACAAAUUAAAAUUGCAACCCUUAUUAAAAAAAAAAAAAAUUGAGCUUGUGGUUCAACACAAAUUAAUAACUUGGAACUGUACUUUCCAGUCACAUAAAAACUUACAAUUUUCUUUCAAAUAAAAGUAAACCAUUACUGAUUUCCAUACACCACAUGACGUAGAGUAAUUACAGUGUAGCCCAUAAUUUGUUUGGGUAUAAUGCUAAUUAUAGAUGUCGGGUAUAUGGAAUGAACAUACUUUGCAUUGCUUAAAAAGUAUAAAUUUCACAGCAAACAAGUAGUUUGUAUUUUAUCAAAAGAGGACUGACAAAGUUGGGGUUAAUAAAACAAAAAUACACGCUGGACAAGAAAUGUGAGAAAUAAAUUACCCCUUUCUGAAAUACUGAUCAACAAAUAUAGCUUUGAAAGAAAGUUAAAAAAGAACGAGUUAAUAAUAAAAAAAUUGAAUUGGGGAGCAAUAAAUACUUUCAACUGUUGUUUUUUAUUGAAUCAUUUUUUAUGAACUAUUUUUUAAUGUAUCCAUCAUGGGUUGUGUUUUGUAAUUGUUUUUUCACCAUUUUUUGGGGGCAUUUUACAAAUCUUUUUGUGUGUUUUAAUUCAUUUGUAUUUUUUGGGGUUGGGGUAAUUUUGUUGUUUCUCAAUUAAGGAGAGGUGGGGUGGGGAUGCUUGAUAUAGCUCCUUCUACAAGUGCUUCUAGUGCUUGACCUAAAGGGAUGGAUACAUGUAUGUAAGUGAUGACCAUGAUCAAAUGUAGGGUUGUGCUUUUGGCGGUUAAUCAUUAAUAUUUCAGUCGUUGGCCAGUGAUUAAUCAAUGGCCAAUUCAACCGAAACAGUUAUUGGUUAUGACUGCCAAAAUUCACCUCAAGUUAAUAUUAUACGUCUCUAAACUAUGUUUGCAUUAUUUCCUAUCAGCAUUGGAGGAAAAGAAUGCACAGUGUAUGAUAAAUAUGCACAUUGUUUUUUUCUAUUCAGUCAUCCAUUCAUUCUUAUUCCAUAAUACUCUUGAUGUGUCCAAUAGGUAGUAAUUGUGAAUUGAGUUACCUCUAAUCCAACUAAUUGAAAUAACUGCUGCUUGUUCAUUGUUGUGGCUGUGUGAUCAUUUCCUUUUAAAAGCUAAAAGGGGCUCUGUCGUAAUGAUAAAUGCAGGCAUGUGGUUAGUCUUAUACAGGACUCUUCCUCUGUGGUGUACCCAAAUCCUAAAUAAUUUACAGUUUAAAGGGACUGUGUAGUCAUCAUCAAUGCACGCCUGUGUUGGCUGUACAUGGAUAACUCUAACCCAGUUACUGCACAGGCGCGUGCAACAUCUGUAUCAUAUCUAUACAUUGUUCGUGCGCACUUUCAAUAACUGGGUGAGAGUUAAAUAUUGCAUGUACAGCCACAGAUGACACGGUCCUUUGGAAUACUAAACUUUAAUUCAAUCAUGACAAUUAUCAAUUUAAUGUACUGUAUGAUAAUUAAUUUUAUGCAAAACAGGUGCAUGGUAGUUAGGUUAAAUUCACAACUCAAAAUAUCACACAGCUAUUCAAUGAAUUGAAGCAGUUUUUGUUUUGGGAAUUUUUUAUCAGUGGUUAAUAGUGCUAAACGAAAUGUAAAAUUUUGAUGUAACCAGUGAAAUAAUAUCAAAUUCAAGUAGUUGUACAUGUAUUUAUAACAGUGUGUAAGAGAUCUUUUUGCAUUGAUCUUUUUCUAAUAAUGCAUUUAAUAAGUAUUGUAACUUGUAGAAAAAUUAAGGGAAAUUCAUGGAUUAUUGAUUUAUGACAAAGUUUUUUUAUUAUAUUGUCCCUUUCAAAUAACAACAGCUACAUUUGUAGUUGCUUGCUCCAAGAAAAGUUAUAAGGCUGAAAAUAUUGAUUUUUCAAUUUUACAAGAGUGAUUUAUUUCUCUUGUGGAGAGAGAUGUUUUACACAAAACUUGACAAAAGUGUUCAUUGUCCGCUAAAACAUUGACACAAAAACCUCAGAAUUGGUGAAAUCAUGUUCGUAAUGCCUAGACCAUAAAUGGUUUGAAAUCUAUGCUUUCUUGAACAAAAAAAAAUGUUCUAUAAAAUAUAGGAAGGAUUUUUACUUCGUGGUGUCAUCGUGAGACCAUUUGCAGCUUGAUUGUUCCUAUGGUGGUUGUUCAAUAAUGCUGAUAAGAAAACUAGACAGUUAGAUUAUCCUCAAAUACAUACCAUCAUCGUAUCAUUAUUGUAUCGCGAUCGGUAUUGAGAACCAAUGUGAAAAUGGGCUUGGGAAAUUUUCUUUGAGGGUAUCUGGUGCAGUAACCUGGGCCCAAUUUAACAAUGUGCGUGUUGGUAAAAGUGUAUUUUAUUAAACAUAACAUUCAAAGAAGAUUGUGUGUGCGGUCACAAUGGUUAAGCAUUCUUAGCAUCACUAAUCUGCUUUAUGAGCACUGACAAUCAAGCAUGCCCUUUGCUUUGCAACACUUAUGUUAUAGAAGCUGGGGAGAAGACGUUUGCUGACAGACUUUUUGAAAUUGACCCCAGAUGAAAACUAACCCAUAUUUUAAGCAACACAACCUGACUGUUAAAACAUUUGCCUCUGUGGUAUAUGCCAUGCCCUGUGGAAGUUAUAGUUGUAUCAUGCAUUGUAUAGCUCAUUAGAUAUGGAGGUCGCCAUACAUGUAGGCAGUGUUUAAAUAACAUCAAAUAUGUGUAAAUAUAGAAACCAAUUUGAUCAGGUUAUGAUAAUUAAUAUGACUAGGUUUAGUGGUUACUGCUUGCGUGUAAACAAGAUUUGUCCGAAGCAAGUCACAUUCACAAAAUUUGUACCAAAAUAGGAACCCACCCAAUGAUAUCUGAGAUUUGUGCAAAUUGAAACAUUUUAGCUAAGUCCUAGUUAUUAGUUUGUAAUUCUUGACCUCCAUUGUUGACCUCAUUAGUGGUUGCACACCAUAGCCCUAGAGACCUCUAGCCAAGACGAGAGAACUUCGGAGCCUGAAGCCGAAUCCAAAGACGAAGCCGUGAAUUUGAAAAGGGCCCUAGUCGUGGUUUGGUCGUUCAUGGCUGUAUGGGACUAUGUUUCUAUACAGGCUGUAGGUCGAUACCAAGCACUUGCACUCAUUGCACGAUGUUUAUACUCAUCUGACAACUAUGUCAAUAUCACCUUAUCAAUUUCCAAAUUGCACUUCAUAUACCUCCCAAAGUUUUUGUUUAUUUACCUGCACUAUUUUCAACAUUUUUCUGCCCUCAAUUUGUAAUCCAUCUUCAGUAUUUCUAAUAACUAAUAUAUAUAUGUUAAUAUUUCAAAACUUGUAUAAGUUCUGUAGAUGACGUAGACUUUUUCAAUAAUAUGUGAUUUGGUAGUAGAGUGGAAUUCGUGUGGAGUGGUGGUGUCAUUGCAGUUUGUUGUUAUUUUGUGACAAUCUAAACCAUGUAUGUUGUGACAGUAUUAUUAUGUAACAAUUAAGAGGUACAUGUAUCAAUCAGUCUGGCAGCUCAUCACUUUUAAGUAGACCACAAACUAAGUGUUACUCAAAUUGCAGGUGUGUUUUUUUUACUUGAUAAGUGUCAUGGAGUUUGUUGUCUCUAAUUAACCAACUUAGGCCAUACAUGUAUUACAAAUACAUAACUGACGAGCAUUGAAAUCAUUUUAAGGUUGGACUCUUGAAAUAGUUGAUCAAGUUAGUAAUAUAAUACUUGAUUAAGUUAUGUUACUCCAAGCUUAAGGGAUAACAAUGGGUUGUAUACACUUCAUUAUAACUAUGGUUGAGUGUAAUUAGAAAACAGAUUUUCUUUAUGCAUGAACUUUAACCACU